AAACGCGACACGAUGAAAUAGAAAUUAUUACACACCGAUAUAUAUGUAACGCUUAAAUGAAAAAUUGCACCAAAUGUGUAUAAUCGAUAGCUCUGCCAUGUAGGUGUGAUGUCUGGAUGACGCUGGUGAGGGUCUAAAUGCCACAACCGGCACUUAUUAUCGCAUGGAACGUAUUGGCGGUCGUUUUAAUAAUCCUAUCGGUUACUGAAUCAUGUUAUACUUUAUCGCAAAGAUGGAAUCACCUAAAAACCAACCGAAGCACAAUGCUUUAUCAGCCUGGAUUUAUAAGAACAACAAUACAACCCAUAGUUAAUAACCAUGAAGAUACAGAAGCUGUAAAAACAAGCAAAUACGAAUUCUGGGCAUUAUGUUUUAGUCUACCAUCUAUCUACAAUGAGUUGAAUUCUGGUUACAACAUAGUUGGAGAUGCAAUACAGCCACCAAAAGGUCACCGGACGUUCACUGUGUUUGCCAAGCCGGUUAUAACUGAGAAGACCUACCCAAAGUCAAUGAUACCAAAGCAUGCCACAGUGGAUUAUGAAAACCUUCUUAGAUCUCAUGACCCCGAACAAAUUAACUAUAACACUAGGUUAAGAGACAUGCCCGGAGUUGACAUGAGUGCCAUCGACAACGUAUAUGGACGGAUUUAUGAUAGGAAGGUUUUAAUAAAACAAUUGAGAUAUUUCUUGGAACGUGAUGAAUUCCACUCUAUCAAAAGACUGCUUAGCGAUAAUCGGCUGGUGCUGCUUGCCUCAGAUUGCCAGUGCUUUGUCAAGGAUGUCGACCACUUGCUGCAAGUUAGACUUGGUUAUACCGAACCCACUGAAGAUAAUAUAGACAAGACACAACCUUUUUUGGUAGCGAGAUAUGUACUACAACAUCUUAUACCGCAAGAUAGGCAAAAUCUUUCUUGCUACAAAUGGUUAGACCCAAAGCAAAUACCACCCAAUGUCCCAGAAUAUUCAGAGGAUUACGAGCAGCCCAAGGGUACACCAGAAAAUCCCAUAAAUGUGGAAGAUACAGUUGCAUACAGGAAAAUAAUGACAAGACUAAAUGGUUUGCAGCCUUACAUGAGAUUGAAACUACUAAAGGAACUUUACCUAAGGAUAUACAGAGCAAAAAGAGGGAAGCUAUUUGAGUGUCUUUGGAAAUAUCAACGUCUAAAGCCGGAAGCCGAAAAUUCUAGAAAGCGUAAAGUACGUAAUAAGGUAAACAUCGAUCGAGUAUCACCCUUUUUGUCAAGACCAGUAAGAUGUACAGAUGAAAUGGUGAAAGAAUAUACAGCACAUUUUGAAGAAGCAGUCAAUAAGGGCGAUAUUGCAACAGCCUGUAGGUUGUUGAAACGUUAUGUACGCCGCAUUGAUUGGAAGAACAACUUAGGUCUUAUGCUCAAAUUCAAAAACCUUUUCUCUGAAAUGCACAAAUCCAGGAAGUAUACACCUGAACAACUCAGACAUCUAAGGAUAUUGUACUGGUCAACCGUUAAAUUUAGAAAGGUGCUUAUUAAAAUCAAUGAACCUGGUAUGGUUAGGGAAGCCGGUCGUUCGAUGAAAGAACUUUAUGAAGAGCAGCUCCAACAGUGGAGAGAUCGCACGAAUAAGAAGAACGAUGAACUUAUGAAGAAACGAGGCAUAGACAUGGACAAGGUAAGAGACUUCUCUAAUAUUUAUGGCAUCGAUUGGGUACCCAUCCUAUACCCUAAGGAAUAUGAAGAAGGACUAAAGAAACAUGAAAAACGAUUAGAAAAACUCAGAGCGAGGGCUGAAUGGAUCAAGAAUGAACUGGCCAGACGACGAGCUCGUGAACAUGGUGAUGGAGACGAUCCUGUACGAACAAAGGGUAAAACACCAACGUUAUGGAAGUGACAUGACGAUAAGCAGAUUUGCCCAUAGUACGACCCAGGUUUUCUACAACAUU